AAGUUGCAGAGGGCGAAGAGCCCGCACUUUUGUUACUGUCCGGUUCAGAGACUUCUUCGCGUGCACUGCAUGCAUCCUGCAGAUACUCUGGCUGUUCCGUUCCUUCUUCGAGGGGUGAUGGGAGGGUAAAAGAUGAAUGAGGGGUUUUGGAACGCAAUCGCGUGUUCUGCGCGUGUCAAUUGCCGCCUUGUAGCUCCUUCCCGGUUGGGCGACGAGAGCCGACUUGCGCCAUCCCACGGAACAUGCAAGCCAUCCACCAUUUUCUGCAGUAAUUCAGUGGGACCGUUCCGCAACAACGCUGGGGUGCUCAACGCCCGCUGGGUGCUCUUCCAGGCAUCCCGCACGGAUUCUCCCACGGAUUCUCCAGCAAUGCAAAAAGGGGGACCCAGAGGUUUAAAACUGGCGCGCAUUCAGCCAAUUUGGCUCGACGCAAUCCCGACGAUGGCUGUGUGCUGUUUCGCGGAUCGCCGCACGGCGCGUCGUCGAUUGGCCCAGCCGGGUUGCCGAGCCGUCUUUGACGUCGCACCGCUUCAGCCUCAUCGAUUGAGUGGCCUUAAUUUGCAGAUUCCAUUUCUUUGUGCCGCCGUUAGUGCACGGCAAGGUGGUGUGGUGUGCCACGACACACCCGGGCCAGCAUCCAAUCCACCCUUGCUUCCACGUGUUUGCCCACCAAACGCCACCCUGAUGCAUACCUUGUGUCAACCUGCCUAUACACCAUCCCACGAGAUAUAGUUCUAUAGGUGAACCUUGGUCAACCGCCAAUAGGGCUAGAUAAAAGCCGGGCAAUAAAACGGGUGAUAAGUAAGCGGCUAAUCGUAGCUUAAUACCUUACAUAAGAUAUGGUUCGUGAUUUUCCGCGCCUUCCCGUAUCAGACCCUCAAACACCUU